UUUGUUAUUUUCUCUUGUUAAUUGAUUUCAGUCGAAUGCUUCCUCUGGGAUGGGUGUUGCUGAUGAUUGCAAAAAUAUCUUCUUAGAGCUUCAGAGAAAGAAGACGCAUAGGUAUGUGAUUUUCAAGAUUGAUGAAAAGCGAAAAGAAGUUAUUGUGGAAAAGGUUGGGGCUGCUACUGAGAGCUAUGAUGAAUUUAUGGCUUCUCUGCCUGAAAAUGAUUGCCGUUAUGCUGUCUAUGAUUUUGACUUUGUUACUGAGGAGAAUUGCCAAAAAAGCAAGAUUUUCUUCAUUGCCUGGUCUCCAGCUGUUUCUCGAAUCAGGGCUAAGAUGCUGUAUGCAACCUCCAAAGAUCGAUUCAGGAGAGAAAUGGAUGGUGUCCACUAUGAAAUUCAGGCUACUGAUCCAACAGAGAUGGAACUCGAUGUUCUUCGGGAACGUGCGCAUUAAAGCAGAUCUUCAAAAGGGCGAGCUGGAACUCGAUGUUCUUUGAGUUAGCUUCAUGUCCACUCUUUGCUCGCAGCUAUCUCAGAACACUAUUAAAUAUGUACAACUUUGCCAUGCUACUUGAUUCUGUUAACCAUGUAUUAUCUGAAGCUUACAUUGGUCGUUGAUGAAACCGUGUGAAUUGAUACCGGAUCUCUGAGACUUGUUUA